CUCUUUAACCAGCGGGGAGGCGGGGCCCGGCGCGCGGGGUAAAGCCAUUGGCGGAGACGCCCGUGGACCUCGCUUUGCGAUUGGCGGGGCCGGCUGUCCCUCCGCGCGGGGCAGCAGCCAAUCGGCGGCCGGUGGCGGGGGCUGUUCGGCCGUUGGAGGCGGAGGAGAAGCAAACGGCUGUUUUCAGAGGCGCCCCUCCCCCCUCCCGCCGCUCUGCUCCCCUCAGCGGCCACUCUGAGAGGCGACGACGCGACGGGAGCCGCUGCCCACCGAUGAGAUGUACAGCAUUGUGUGAUCAUCUGAUAAUUCCUAGAAGAGGAAGCAUUUGCUGCAUGUGGAGGAAAUUUGCUGUUGUUAAAAAAACAUAAGUGCUAAACCGCCUUCAGCAAUAUGGGGUCAGAAAACCCAAGCCCGCAAAAUCCCAGCUGCAAAAUUAUGACGUUCCAUCCAACACUAGAAGAAUUCCAGGAUUUUGGGAAGUACAUUGCUUACAUCGAAUCGCAAGGGGCUCACCGGGCAGGGCUUGCUAAGGUGAUCCCUCCCAAGGAAUGGAAGCCCCGGAAGAGUUACGAUGACAUCGACAGCAUGGUGAUCCCUGCUCCCAUUCAGCAGGUGGUGACGGGCCAGUCGGGGCUCUUCACCCAGUACAAUAUUCAGAAGAAACCAAUGCUGGUUGGAGACUAUCGGCACUUGGCUAAUAGUGAGAAGUACUGCACUCCGCGUCAUCAGGAUUUUGAUGAUCUGGAACGCAAAUACUGGAAGAAUUUGACUUUUGUCUCCCCUAUAUAUGGGGCGGAUAUCAGUGGUUCACUAUAUGAUUCGGAUGUGGACGAGUGGAAUAUUGGGAAUCUGAACACUCUCCUUGACAUGGUGGAACAUCAGUGUGGAAUUAUCAUAGAAGGCGUGAACACCCCCUACCUCUACUUUGGGAUGUGGAAGACCACCUUUGCGUGGCAUACGGAGGACAUGGAUCUCUACAGCAUCAACUAUCUGCAUUUCGGGGAGCCCAAAUCAUGGUAUGCUAUACCUCCAGAACACGGCAAGAGGCUGGAAAGACUGGCCAAAGGAUUUUUUCCUGGGAGUUCUCAGGGAUGCGAUGCCUUCCUGCGACACAAGAUGACCCUCAUUUCACCAUCCAUCUUGAAGAAAUACAGCAUCCCUUUUGACCGGAUCACCCAGGAAGCUGGAGAAUUCAUGAUUACUUUUCCUUACGGCUACCACGCCGGGUUCAACCACGGAUUCAACUGCGCAGAAUCCACCAAUUUCGCCACCCUGCGAUGGAUCGAUUACGGCAAAAUGGCCACCCAGUGCACCUGUCGGAAAGACACCGUGAAGAUCUCGAUGGAUGUCUUUGUGCGGGUGCUACAGCCUGAGCGGUAUGACUUAUGGAAACAAGGAAAGGACAACACGGUCUUGGAUCAUAUGAAGCCCACCCCUUUAACAUCUCCUGAGCUGGACGCCUGGAAUGAGACAAAAGAUGCUUUGAAGGCAAAGAUGCUACGCAGGGCAAACAGGAAACGAAGCCAACCCCGAAGGCACAAGACCCAGGACCAGAAGUCGCUCGUGGAUGCCAUGGCCAUGGACACCAACUUGGAUGAGGGGCCAGAGAAGGAGGACCAGAGGAGGGUCCCCAGCUUGGAUGAAGAAGAGAAAACGAAAGCAUCAGAAAGCAAAGAAGGAGAAUGCCGGCCGAAGGUGCGCAACCCCAAAGCCAAGGGGGAAAGGAAGAAGAAGCGGCAGGUGCCGCUGCACGAACUCCUUCCUCCCCUCCUCCUGCCCCAGCCAAAGGAGGAGAAGCUGCAGCCCAGCCCUCCGGCGGAGGAAAGGCCCCUGGAGGCCAAGCAUCCGGCCGAAGACACCUACUUCCCCAUGCCCGACCUCAGCGCUCUCUCUUCCGAAAGUCCCGGCGAAGAGGACGAGUCCAAGCAGCGUCCCAUCAUCCCGAUGCUCUAUGUGGUGCCCCAGUGCAAGAAGCCCCCCGCCGAGAAGAAACGCCUGACCUGCCAGGAGGUCUUUGAGCGGUUUGUGAAGAAGGACCAGAUGCCGUCCUUGGAACUGGACAGGAACGACAGCGACAACGUCAAGGGAGAGAACCCGGAGGGGCCGGCCGAGCCCAGUAAAUUGCAGACGACUUCUACUUUCUCGAAACUCAAAAUGGAGAUCAAGAAAAGCCGCCGUCACCCCCUGGGGAAGCCGCCCACCCGCUCCCCGUUGUCGGUGGUGAAGCAGGAAGCCUCCAGUGAUGAAGAAACUCCCCUCUUCAGCGGUGAGGAAGAUGCUGGGGAUCCGGAACCCCUGAAGUCUUUACUUUCCCUCCAGUGGAAAAACAAAGCGCCCAACUUCGUAGCCGAAAGACGAUUCAACGCUGCCGCUGCCCUGAGGGAGCCCUACUGCGCCAUCUGCACUCUCUUCUACCCCUAUCACCAGGUCUCGCCGGUGGAAAAGGAGACGGCCCCGCUGCCCGCGGCUGAAAACCCCUCGCUCCAGCCCCCUUUUAAAAACGGGCAGAAGACCAAACCUCUGAUCCCUGAAAUGUGCUUCACCUCAAGCAGCGAGAACACGGAGCCCCUCCCGUCCAACUCCUACAUCGGAGACGAUGGGAACAGCUUGUUAAUCUCCUGUGCCAAAUGCUGCCUGCAAGUCCACGCCAGUUGCUAUGGGAUACGCCCGGACCUUGUGAAUGAAGGCUGGACCUGUUCCCGUUGCUCAGCAAACUCACUCCUAGCGGAUUGCUGCCUCUGUAAUCUCAGGGGAGGAGCCCUUCAAAGAACUACAGAUGGAAGGUGGGUGCACGUCAUCUGCGCCAUCGCGGUCCCCGAAGCCCGUUUUGUCAACAUCCUCGAGCGCCACCCUGUAGACAUCACUGCCAUCCUCGAGCAACGGUGGAAACUGAAAUGUGUCUACUGCCGUAAGCGGAUGAAGAAAGUGUCGGGGGCCUGCAUCCAAUGCUCCUCCGAGCACUGCUCCACGUCAUUUCACGUCACGUGCGCCCACGCGGCCGGCGUACCCAUCGAGCCCGACGAUUGGCCCUACGUGGUGUCCAUCACCUGCUUGAAGCACAAAGCAGCCAGCCACGUGCUUCCCUUUUCCAGAGAGAUCUCCCUGAGCCAGACGGUAAUUGCGAAGAACCGGAGCGGCCUCUACUACCGGUGUAAAGUGAUUGGGGUGACCACACAAACCUUUUACGAGGUCAAUUUUGAAGAUGGCUCCUACAGUGAUAACAUUUAUCCGGAAAACAUCGUUAGCAGAGACUGCCUUAAGAUGGGGCCUCCUGCGGAGGGCGAGCUGGUCCAGCUCCACCUGACCAACGGUACCACCUACCAAGCUAAGUUCAUCGCUGCCCACGUCAGCCAAAUCUUUCAGGUAGAGUUUGAAGAUGGCUCUCAGCUGAUGGUCAAACGAGGGGAGAUCUACACCCUUGACGAAGAACUUCCCAAGAGAGUCAAAAUGCGCCUGUCCCUGAACAGCGGAGCGCCUCAGGAAGAGACGAUCUCAGGAGACGACUUGAAAGCAGCCAAGCGCCCGCGGGUGGGCACCCCAAAGAGCUAUGAGGACGGCGGCGGCCACGGGCCCGACUAUUUCACCAUCAUGGAGACCCUCCUGCAUGCUAAGUUCUAGCCGCAGACGCCGAGAGGAGCUUCAUCAGUCGGAGCCGCGCUUUAAGUUUCAAAGAAAGGAAAAGGGGGGGGGAACAACCCCCCCACAACUCACCCCACUGAGAGUUAAUUUAAGUGGAAAAACUGUGGCGAGAGAGACCCAGCCGUCGUGCAAUAACUUGCAAAUUUAAAUUCUUUUCCUUCCAUUUUGGGGUUUCUUCUUCUUCUUCUUCUUCUUCUUCUGUUUGUUUUUGGACUUUUGGGAAACUUGACUUGCUCCUAGCCUACCUCUGUUCUUUCUGAUGACUUUUGGAGUGGACUAAACCUUCUUUUUUUUUUUCCGCCUUCUGGGAAGUGUGGGGAGGGGAUAGAUUUCAUGGGGUGGGGGCGGGACGGACGGGAGAGAACCAUUUCUUCUCCUCCGUCAAAAACUCGGAAGGAAAGAAUACAGGCGAGCGAAGCGAUUCUGUGACCGAACUUUCAAUCUUUCAUUUGUUUGUUUUCACUGGUUUCCAAAACAAGAACAAAAACAAAAAAAGCCUCAAGAAAUGGUUGGAAUUUGCAAUGGUAACUCCAGUUUUUAAAUCUCAGCCAUCACUCUCACUCUCUCUCUUUCUCUCUCGUUCUUCCUCUCUCUCUCUCUCUUUUUCUUUCUGUCUCUGUCUCUCUCCUCCCCUACACAACACAUUUCCCCCCCUCCCUCUCUCUCUCUCUCUCUCUCUCUCUCUUUCUUUUCCCUUUUUCAAAAAGGUGCUAUUUCCCCGACUACUGAAGCAACCUUUUUUGGAGUUAGCAAUUUGCGUAUGUAUAUAUUAUAUAUACAUAUAUAUAUAUUAGAAAUUGCCUUCGACAUUUUCUAUUAAAAGAGAGGAAAAAGCAAAAAGAAAACCUGGUGUUUUUUACAAUAAAUAAAUAAAUAAAAUAAAAUUGCACGCAAAACCAACAAAAUGAAAGAGUGAAGGGUUUGCACAGGUAUUUCCCCCCCCCCCCCACUCCCUUGUAUAAAAAAAAAACCCCUCCUGGCCAUCAGCCCUCUCCUGGUCCUGUAUUCAAAUCCAACCGCUUGAGGUUUAUGGUGCCCCCACCCCACCCUUCCUCUUCCUCCCCAAAAAAUAAAAAUUAAAAAAAAAAACACUUUUGCCAUUUUCCAGAGAGAGGGAAGGGAGCACUUCUUAUUAUUUAUUUUGUUUCGUUUCGGUGGGGCUGGGGGAAAAUAUCUCUUUUAUGCGGGGGGGGGUGGAAAUAAACCCUGGACAAUGGGGUACGUUUCUGUUAAACAAAAGACACUUUGAAAUGAAAAGUUUUG